CUAAAGACGGGUUUACACGGGUCAAGUAAACGGUCAAGUUGAGCAGUAAAGUCAAGUAUUUUUUUCUACUUGCAUUGUAUGAACAAUUUCGGUCAAGUAAAGUAGCGACUUGCGUCAAGUGACGAGGCAAGUCAAGUGGUUCUGCACGGUGAACAAGUAACUUUACUUGACUGCUACCCCCACUUCUACUUUAUCAUUGGAUCGCCAACUUGACCGUCUACUUUACCAAUGUAAACAGACAAAGCAACUAAGUAAACAAGUUCCUGCGCAUGGAAUGUGAAUUUGUACUGUCUGGGGUUUUUCAGAUUUCCUAUCCAUUUUGAUCACAGAUAACCAAAUAAUUUUGGUGAUUUUGGUAUACUACGAAUUGUGAAUUGAGGUUUAAUUUGUACAAGAUGAAGUGGUCAGAAGAAGAAACCAUGCGUUUCGUUGAACUCUAUAGUGAAAAAGAGUGUUUAUCGAAGAAGAGUAGUGUAAAUUAUCGCAAUAAAAACAUGCGAAAAGCAGCUGAAGAGGACAUCGUGAACAGGAUGGGAAAGGAAGGUUUUGGAGUGACAGAAUUAAAGCAAAAAAUAAAGAUAAUGAGAACAACUUAUAAUCAGGAAGCGCUGAAAGUUAAAAAGUUUAAGAAAUCAGGAGGUAAACCGGAUGAUAUAUACGUUCCAACUGUCAAGUGGUUCCGACAAAUGGAAGAAAUAAUGGAUAGCUCCACAGCUGAAAAUGAAACGGAAAGCAUAGAGACAGAAAUCGCUCCACCUAGCGAAAAUGAACAAGAACCAUCUCCAACUCUCUUGCAAGCUCCUACAAGACCUUCGACCAGCAAAACAUGCUCCCGAGUAGAAUCGACCGGUAAGAAAGGUUCUCGAGUAGAAGCAGGAUCAAAAAAUAAAAAACCACGGCUACAAGCCUUAACUGAAGCUGUUGCAGAGGUCCGAAAAGCCCAGGAAACAUUAAUAACUUCUCAAUCCAUCAGUGACAAUGAAGCUUUUGGCAAGUUUAUUGCAGCCAGUUUAGAUAAACUGCCCCCUGCUGAUUCAAUCAUGGCGCAAGGUGCACUUCAAAGAGUGAUACAAAAAUAUCGAUUGAAUGCGUUAAAUAAGAGCAGUUCUGCUUCUGAGGCUUCCGCAUUAACUGCAAUUCAAUCACCAACCCUUUCUAGGGAUUCACCUCCUGCAACUACUCCUGCAUACAGCACUGAUCAUCCGAUUAUGAACGAGGACACAGUUGCAAAUGAUGAUGCUGCUAUCGCAGAUAUUAUCUCGCAAGCAUGGAACUUGACAAACUAA